AUGUCUCAUGAUGACUCCACUGGUGACGACGGCUUCUACUACUACUACGAAGACGACACCGACGCCAUAUCUGUUGUCCCUUCCGCUUUUGACAACACCUCUUCCUAUGGCGGGGUCAAUAGAACUGCCCAAGCUGUCUCGAUCAAGAAGAAAAAGGAGAAGGUUCGAGACCUCCAAUCUCGCGUGCGUGGCGCCGAGACAACUCUGAAAGCAUCGGAAGAGGAACAGACUGAAUUGCAAGCUGAAUUGUCGAAAGUCAGCCCCGAAAACACAGUCAUGAUGUUUAAGAGCAAAGGCCAUGAUCACAGUAACGGUCAGAAUCUCCCUUGGGAGUUCGAGGAGGACCCGCGGGAGGACCAGGGACAGUACACCAAUUUCCUGAAUGAGUAA